AUGAGCUUGGUCCUGGUUCGAGAGGAGAGCAAGCUUCAAAAGCCGGUAUAUUACACCAGCCGGGUUUUGAGGGAUGCUGAGACCCAAUACUCCAAACUGGAAAAGACCGUCUUUGCCCUGGUCGUCUCAGCUCGAAGGCUCCGGCCUUAUUUUCAAGCUCACACGGUGGCCGUGUUGACUGACCAGCCAAUAAAGCAGGUCCUCCAGCGAUCAGAUCGAGCUGGUCGGAUCACGAAGUGGGCGGUCGAGCUCGGGAAGUUUGACCUCGAGUAUCGUCCGAGGCCAUCAAUCAAAGCCCAAGCGCUGGCUGACUUCAUCGUGGAGUGUACCGUGCCAGACAAACCUGAGCCCGCACCUACGGCGGAGGGGCCUUCGGAGCAGCUAUGGACCUUACAUGUGGACGGCUCCUCAACCUCGGGGGAUAGCGGAGCUGGCCUCAUCCUCGCCAGCCCGGAUGGGGUGAUCGCGGAACAAGCUCUGCGCCUCGAAUUUUCCGCCUCGAAUAAUGCGGCGGAAUAUGAGGCACUCAUAGCCGGGCUUAAACUGGCUAGAGAGUUGAAGGUCGAGAACUUGAAGGCCUUCAGCGACUCCCAAUUGGUUGUGAGCCAAAUUUUGGGGGACUUCGAAGUAAGGGAGCCGACAAUGCAAAAAUAUCUCCAGAAGGUGCGACACCUCACUUCGACUCUGGGUUCCUUCCACAUCCAACAUAUUGCCAGGUCGGAGAAUCUCAAAGCGGACCAAUUAUCAAAACUGGCGUCCUCCCGCAUGAGCGAGCUUCCAAAAGCGGCGACACUAGAGUACCUCCAGAUCCCCAGCAUAAAGGAGCCCGAACCAACUCUUUGUAUCGACGUUGAGCCAAGCUGGAUGGAUGAGCUCGUUAGCUACCUACAGAAUGAAGUCCUCCCCAACGAUGAGCGUGAGGCUCGUCGAGUCAAGCGCCUAGCCUCGAGAUUCAUACUGUAUAAAGGCAAGCUCUACAGAAGAUCUUUUACCUCUCCCCUCCUCAGGUGUCUCCGCCCGUCGGAGGCGGAUUAUGCAAUGCGUGAAGUCCACGAAGGCAUCUGCGGAAACCAUUUGGGAAGCCGAGCACUGGCAUACAAAAUUUUGCGCCAGGGAUACUAUUGGCCAACACUCCAGAAGGAUGCGCUGGAUUUUGUUCGGAGAUGCGACCGGUGCCAGAGGAAUGCCAACAUCCAGCGCCGACCUUCAGCCCCCUUGACCUCAAUCAGUUUCCCCUGGCCAUUCGCUCAAUGGGGAAUUGAUAUCCUGAGACUGUUCCCCUUGGCGACUGGGCAGAGGAAAUUUCUGAUCGUCUCCAUUGAUUACUUCACGAAGUGGGUCGAGGCCGAGCCAGUGGCCCGGAUCACCGAGCAGAAGAUGCGGGACUUCGUUUGGAAGUUCAUAAUCUGUAGAUUCGGGCUUUCCCACAUCCUCAUAUCAGACAACGGCAGUCAGUUCGACAAUGCUCGUUUCAGAGAGUAG